UUCGCAGACCGUUUACUUCCUUGACAUCUCGUCCUUCUACCUUCAUCACCCACUUUUGAGCGCGUCUUGACCACUAAUCUUUCUUAAAGCUUCCUUCGAAUUUAGAACAUGUCAAGAGGCGGCUGGCGAGGCGGUCGAGGGGGUGGUCGAGGAGGCAUGCCCCCUGGUGUCGGCUUUGGUUAUGGACAAAUUUCGCAGACAGAGUGGAAGGAGGGAAUCAACCGUAUCAAGGCUCAAAGCCAAACCAAUGGAACCCUUUAUCCUCCACUGGAUAACAUCUCGAUCUCAUAUCUUACAGGUCCGACGGACCAUGAAACCCUAGUCUUAUCUCAUGCAAUCUCACUUAACAUCACUCUCUCCACCGGUAAGCUUCCUGAGGGUGAAGAGGGUGUACAAUUGGUACAAUCCGGUCAGGUCCCUCCUUGGAGGAUAACAGGGGAAAGGAAGGUUGUUGGGAUCGAAAUCGAAUCUUAUUCAGAUCGUUUCAACCCUCCAGCUUCCUCAGAACCGUCCAAACUGGAUCCUGUAGCCCUCCGGAUGGAUCAAUCCAUGUUUCCUCCAUCCCUAUGGGCGGCAUACUUUGAUGGACAAACAGAUAAGCUCAAGGGUAGGCCGAAGAAGAGGAGAAAGUUGGAUGACCUAGACCAAGAAGGAGAUGAUAAAGUUGAGGAGGAGUCUGAGAUCUCUGAGGAAGAGGAUUUUGAUUUCGAUGAUGAUGAAUCAGAUCACCAAGAUUAUGACGCAAAUUACUUUGAUAACGGAGAAGGAGAUGAUGAUGAAGGUGGUGAUGAUGAGGGUGGAGAUGUUUACGAAGAUUAAGCCAUUCGAUAAACAUCUAGGCAUAUUGGGCGCUUUGAUGAUAAUGACAAUAUAAUGACUCUCAUUGUACGAUUUUGGCAAAUCUUACAGAACAGAACCCAAACCUACAAGUGAACUAAGAUAAAGUGACAUUGCAUGGAGGACAACGAUAUCUA